CUCAUUGGCAGCAGAGCGAAUGGUGUCCCCGCGGGCUGUGAAACAGAGGGCUGUACAUCCUUAUGUAGAGGCUUGAUGCGCAUGUUUUCCUGCACAUUGAUCCAUGAGCGUGUCGGCUUCACACGCGUGUCACUGACGCUCGUGUCUCGUCCAGUGAUGGACUACAGCAUCAGAGGAGUCGUAUGCGGAGCGAAGCCCACUGGCCUGUUUUCAUGUGAGAGCCAGAGAACGACGACCUGAAUGCAGCGCUCAUCGGGCAGCCACUAUCCCUGACCAUCCUCCUCCCUCUCCUCCUCUCCUCCUCCUCCACUGUGGUAAUCCUUGCUGACACAACGCACAAAGGACUAAAUGCUGGCUGCAUCCUCCAGCAGCAGGGCGCUCUCCUCUUCCUCCUCCUCCAGCUCUGAUCCGCCACAGCUGGGCUGUUCGCAUGUACAGCAGGACACUGUUUCUGUAACAUCUCUGGACUACCGGCCUGGCUGCCCUCCUCCUCUGCCCCCCUGCAUACCCUCCUCCUCUUCCUCUUCCUCCUCCUCCUCCUCCUCUUCCUCCUCCUCCUCCUCGGCCGGUUCAUUCAGGGAGUACAUCAGAACACGGCUCCUGCCCUGAGGAGGCGUUUUUUUUUUCUUUUUUUCGCUGGAAGCCGGUGGAUCCAGUGGUAGCUUAUUUCUUUUACAUCAUCUGCUGUGUUUGUGCAGCAGGAGGUCGGCGCUGUGGUCGGUGUCUUCUUUUCACCCUGCUGCACAUCACUGUACCAACAGAUAAUGCGAUAGGCCUGUUCAGUCCUUGAGCAACAUCUACCAGGCUAAAAAAACAAAAAAAUCAACCAACCAAGCGGAGGAAAAAAACAAAAAAAACAGCAUGUUCCAAAACAAAGGGCAAAGUUCAUAUCAAACCAAAUACUAAGAAUUUGCCAGAAAAGGGUUUGAUCCCCUGUUAGUGGGAUGACGGCUUCGUGACACUCAGGAUUUCAGAACUGGGACAACAGCAGCGUUAACGACUGAACUGGGAAUCAUACACGCAGGCGGCCAACAUGUUUAAAAGUGGGCUGAAGAUCAUGGGGAUGACCCCUGAUCUGUUCCCGGAAACACCCCUGGUGCCGUCCCUGCCCGCAAUAUCAUCGGCACGAGCCGGCCCCGCCCCUCACAAGCCUCAGCGGCGCAGCAGCGGGAGUGACAGAGCCGCCAGGCCCCGCCCCUUGCGCUCAGCCCCCAGGCCAGGCCCCGACAGAGGCAGCAUGGAGGUGGGCAUGCGCGUGGUGCGCGGCCUGGACUGGAAGUGGGGAAACCAGGACGAUGGCGAGGGCCACGUGGGGACUGUGGUGGAGAUCGGGCGGCAGGGCAGCACCACCACACCAGACAAGACGGUGGUGGUGCAGUGGGACAGCGGCACACGCACCAACUACCGCACUGGAUACCAGGGUGCCUACGACCUGCUGCUCUAUGACAACGCUCAAAUCGGCGUGCGUCACUCCAACAUCAUCUGUGACAGCUGCAAGAAGCACGGCAUCAUGGGAAUGCGAUGGAAGUGCAAGGUGUGCUUCGACUACGACCUGUGCACCCAGUGUUACAUGAACAACAAGCACGACCUGAGCCACGCGUUCGAGCGCUACGAGACGGCGCACUCCCAGCCAGUGAGCUUGGCGCCGAGGCAGAACCUCCCGCGGAUCAUCCUUAAAGGAAUCUUCCAGGGGGUUAAAGUUGUUCGUGGACCUGACUGGGACUGGGGCAACCAAGACGGCGGGGAGGGUAAGGUUGGGAAGGUAGUGGAUAUUCGCGGCUGGGACACAGAGUCUGGUCGCAGCGUGGCCAGUGUCACCUGGUCUAACGGCACCACUAAUGUCUACCGAAUGGGCCACAAGGGCAAGGUAGACCUCAAGUACGUGUCCGACGGCCAGGGAGGCUUCUACUACAAAGACCACCUACCGAAGCUCGGAGAGCACGCAGAGCUGCAGCGCCAGGAGAGUGCAGACGGACACUCCUUCCAGCAGGGGGACAAGGUCAAGUGUCUCCUGGAGGUGGACAUCCUGCGACAGAUGCAGGAGGGUCACGGAGGGUGGAACCCCAAAAUGGCAGAGUACAUUUGCCGGAUCGGGACCGUUCAUAGGAUCACUGACCGAGGAGACGUCAGAGUCCAGUACAGCAACAACAUCCGCUGGACUUUCCAUCCCGGGGCCCUCACCAAGGUGAACACUUUUGGAGUGGGUGAACUGGUGAGAGUGCUGGAGGACAUGGAGAGUGUGAAAAGACUGCAGGCCGGACAUGGAGAGUGGACAGACAGCAUGGCUCCUGUGCUCGGGCAGGUCGGGAAGGUGUUGAAAGUAUACGCAGACGGCGACCUGCGGGUGGCGUUCGGAGUUCAGACGUGGACGUUCAAUCCGGCGUGCCUCUCGGCGCAGCCCGUGGAGGUGGACGCCAACCUCAUGACGGCCGAGAACCCCACCGAAUCUGGAAGUACUGUCAUCUCAGUGUUGGAGAAGCUGCUGUCUCAGUCCACAGAGCAGGACAACCCCGGCCGGUUGGUCAUCGAGGCAGCACACGGCAGUGCCAACAAAGUGCGGGAAUUGGUGCAGAAAUAUCCUGACAAGGUGGAUAUAAAGAACCAGGGCAAGACGGCGCUGCAGGUGGCCGCUCACCAGGGCCACAUGGAGGUGGUGAAGGCCCUGCUUCAGGCCAACAGCUCCAUCGAGGUCAAGGAUGAAGACGGAGACACAGCAUUACACUACACUGCCUUCGGCAAUCAGGCAGAGAUCGCACGGCUGCUGUUGAGCAAGGGGGCGAAUGUCAACCUCCUGAACAACUCCAUGUGCACGGCGCUCCACAUCGCUGUCAACAAGGGCUUCACUGACGUGGUGCGAGUACUGACCGAACACUCGGCUGAUGUCAAUCUCCAGGAUUCAUACGGGGACACGCCUCUCCAUGACGCCAUCGCUAAAGAUUUCCGCAAUAUCAUCGAGAUCCUGGUUGUGGUGCCCAACAUUGACUUCACUCAGCAGAACCACAGAGGCUUCAACCUGCUGCACCACGCCGCCCUCAAAGGAAACAAACUGGCCACAGAGAAGAUCCUGGGUCGAGCACGGCAGCUGGUGGACGUUAAGAAGGAAGACGGCUUCUCCGCGGUGCAUCUGGCCGCCCUCAACAACCACAGAGACGUCGCCGAGAUCCUCAUCAAGGAGGGUCGCUGCGACAUCAACAUCCGCAACAACCGCAACCAGACGCCGCUGCAGCUGGCGGUCACGCAGGGCCACACCGACCUGGUGCAGCUGCUGGUUGCCGAGGGCGCCGAUGUCAACAUGGAGGACGAGGACGGGGACACGGCCAUGCACGUGGCCCUCCUCCGCCCGCAGCUGGCCAACGUUAUGCUCAGCCCCACUGUGGGAACCAGCAGCACGGAGGAGAGCAGCGAGGGCUGUGCCUCCUCGUCGCUCUACUGCAGGCUGAGCGCGUCGGGUCUUCUGGGGAACACGGAGCUGAGCGUCGGAGCAGCUAUGGCUUGUUUUCUAGCACAGGAAGGCGCCGACAUCAACUACGCCAACCACAAGGGCAAGAGUCCUCUUGACCUGGUGGCAGACAGCACCAUGCUGCAGCUCAUCAAGAGCUUCUCAGAGAAGCACAGGUUGCAGCGUCUGCAGGCCAUCACAUGCGGACAGGGCCUGAGCAGCGCCAGCCUGCGGCGGGUCCACACUACGCCCAACACCAUGACCAACCUGGUUCUUCCCACGCCGCCGGGGCCCAGCGAAUGCCUCAUCUGCUCCGAGCUAGCUCUGCUGGUUCUGUUCUGCCCCUGCCAGCACAGCGUGGCCUGUGAAGAAUGCGCCCAUCGAAUGAAGAAAUGCAUCAAAUGCCAAGUUACAAUCACCAAGAAAAUUAGACAAGACCAAACAGAGGUGGAUUGCAGUCCUGGCAAUGAGAACUCGGAGCAGCACAACCUGCUGGAGCAGCUGCAGUCACGCUACCGUCAGAUGGAGGAGCGUAUCACCUGCCCCAUCUGCAUCGACAACCACAUCAAACUGGUCUUCCAGUGCGGACACGCCUCCUGCAUCGACUGCAGCGCUGCGCUCAAGACCUGCCCCAUCUGCCGGCAGACCAUCCGCGAGCGGAUCCAGCUGUUUGUCUGAGCCUCUCUGUCCUCUCAGCUCUUCACGUUGGAGGGGAGUUUGGAGAGAAGUGAGGAUGGGGGUGGGGGUGGGGGUGGGGGCAGGGUGGGGGGUUCAGCUGUUAACUCUGGGAAGAAGGCUCAGUGACCUGUCGCACCCUCCUGCUCAUUCCCACCCCACCCAAGUACUCACUCAGCCCAUGUUGCUUAACGAUGAGACGCUGUGUUACGUCGCUGAGAGUCCAGUUUGUUACGUUUCGAGUGGUUCCCUCUGGAGCAGCGCCGGUGGGAACUCGUCGAUCACUUUCACUUUAUUUUCAGUAUCAGAACUGAUCGUCGAAGUCGUGAGGGGAUGCUGCCACUUUGAAUACUCUGAUUGGUAAGCUGAGAGAAAAAAAGCCCACCCACUCCCCUCCCUGCUCCUGUAAUCUGUCCUAUCUUUGCUGCUUUAAGUGGAUGUCUGUUACCCAUCAUCCUCUCUGGCCUCUUCUGUUUACAAGGCUGCACAGAAUCAGUCCCCGUGUUCUCGCCCCCUCGGCCUGUCCUGUGAAUUAUGUUUGCUCUCAUUCGUAUCAAUCUCUUAAUAACCAGUGUUAGUCUCUGCAGAGGGAGUUGGUAUAACUAAAGGCUCUCUCUAUAGUCCCCAACCACCCGCCUGUAUGCAAGGGGAAAUACAUACUAUAUAUGCAUGAGUAUAUGCAUAUUGUAAAGCUGAAAAUGACUGUGUCGUCAUGGGUGAUUUGUCGUUGUUGUUGUUUUAUUUCUCUCUGGUUACAUUUGUGGUUUUUCAUGUACCGAUAAGUACAGGUUUUUAUUUAUGUGUGAAAGGUGGUGUUAGUAAUGUCUUCUUCUCAGUUGGUGUUUGCUUGGCAAAAAUGUUUUUGUUUCUACUGAAAUUCACCCCAAGCCUAUGUCCUCUACUCAGGGUAUCAAAUUAUUGAAAGCACUUGUGAUAUCCAUAAAGGUUAAACAGCCCCCCCUCCCUCCCUGGCCCCACACACACCCACCAUCAUAGAGCUACAGUGUCAGAUCAUUUUAGUGACGGGUCACUGAAAGAAAAGGUAAUUCAUAACUAAUCCUAAAACUAUGGAUAGUGACUCAAAAUUACAGAAAAAAAAUCUACUUUACUAACCCAGAUUUUUUUUCUCAUUAGUGACAUGAAUGUUUGCAGAGGACUUUCUGCAACAAUUUUUAUUUUUUACUCAAAAAAAAAUGCAAAAAAAUUUUAAAAAAGCACCACUCAGCUGUAUUUCUGUGACAGAAAGCAUCUGCCUGUUUGUGUCUGGAGACCACAGGGGUGUAGAGACCCCCGUUUAAAGGCGGAUAUCCUGGUGUUUUGUUGUUUAUCCACCAGACAUAUUGUGAGGUAAAGAAUCAGAAGGGCAAAAAAAACAUGAUUAUUAUUGUGUUGCAUCUCUAGUUCCUCGUCUAUUCUCCUAGUCGAGUCUUUUCAGAAUAAACCCCCCCUCUCUCCUCUGGAGUACUGGAUUGUAGAUCAUCUUCAUCCUCUCUAAUGUUUUGGUGUGUUUUCUUGAAGGGCUUAUGCAUAUGAGAAAAUAAAAUCUUAUCUAUUUUAAUCUUUAUUUAAUUUUUAUUUUCUACAAUAAACUUCCAGAGACAGGAGUUUUUUUUUUUUUGUCCUCAUUAGAUCCCAAAUUUUGGGAGAGCCAAUGUUAAAGAUGUACAUUUGAAUGUCGGGGAAAAAAAUGUAUCCUGUCUCACUCUGCCUUUUUUUAUGUGUAAAGUACAACAAAAAAAAAAGAUGUAAGAGAAGGAGCUGGAGAGACUGAGAUGUGUUUACCACGAGGUUUACUUUGAGGAAAGAACUUUUACAUCUGUGCCAAAUCGCAUGAGGAUGUGCAUGGGCAUGCACGCCCGAAUUUAUCUAGGCGCACUACGCUAAACCCCUCCAAGCUCAAGCGAGGGUUCAAUUAUUCCAGCAGUGUGAAGUAAAGUAAAAGCAAACUUUUAACAUUUAAUGUUUUUGUUUUUUUUAGUUCAAAAUCAAAAGUAUUAUCUCAGCACACUCGGUUUCAGUACUGGCAUUAGCAGUCGAGCUAACUUUAGCUGUAGUGCUCCGAACCUCCUCAUGUUCUCAGUGACAAGUGACGCUACUCUCUCUUCCAAAAUACUAUCAGUCCCGUAUUGUUUGGAGCUUUUUACAAGUAUAUAUAUUUAUAUUUUGUGAGACAUUAUCAAUCGAGCAACAAGUUUCUUAUAGAAAUUUCAACCAUUUUACGGAUUGUCCAUUGGUGUUUAAGUUGAUGGAUUUACAGGCAAAGGCAAUAAUAUUUUAGAAAAAUGGGGAUGAAGUUUGAGUUCUUUAUUUCUGCCCCUUGAGGUUGCUGCGAGGGCGGGAAAAAAUUUAUGUAUAAAAACACUAUUAAAGCAGCAAACGUUACUAUUGGUGUUUGUACAGUUCAGCUCUUGGAGUUCUGAUGUUGGCCUUACUGUCCAUUCCUCCUCUGUUGAUGUUUUUUCAGUUGUAUUCUGUACAAAAAUAUUUUGCAAUAAAUAUGGAACUGUUUUCUAA